CCAGCGCGCGUGUCGCGGCCAUGGAAGACGCGGGAGCUGUUGGCCCGGAGCCCGAGCCGGAGCCCGAGCCCGAGCCCGAGCCCGAGCCCGAACCCGAGCCAGAGUCCGCACCAGAUCCCGCGCCCGACGCUGGCAUGUCCGAGGCGUUCUCCCGACUCUGGGCAGAUGUGAUGGGCAUCCUGGACGGUUCGCUGGGAAACAUCGACGACCUGGCGCAGCAGUAUGCGGAUUACUACAACACCUGCUUCUCCGACGUGUGCGAGCGGAUGGAGGAGCUGCGGAAGCGGCGGGUCUCCCAGGACCUGGACCUGGAUGUGGAGAAACCCGAUGCCAGCCCCACGUCACUUCAGCUGCGGUCCCAGAUCGAAGAGUCUCUUGGCUUCUGUAGCGCCGUGUCAACACCAGAAGUGGAAAGGAAGAACCCUCUUCAUAAAUCAAACUCCGAAGACAGCUCUAUAGGAAAAGGAGAUUGGAAGAAGAAAAAUAAGUAUUUCUGGCAGAACUUCCGAAAGAACCAGAAAGGAAUAAUGAGGCAGACUUCAAAAGGAGAAGAUGUCGGCUACGUGGCAAGUGAGAUAACGAUGAGCGACGAGGAACGGAUUCAGCUAAUGAUGAUGGUCAAAGAGAAGAUGAUCACCAUUGAAGAAGCACUUGCCAGGCUCAAGGAGUAUGAGGCCCAGCACCGGCAGACGGCUGCCUUGGACCCUGCUGACUGGCCCGAUGGGUCUUACCCAGCGUUGGACGGCUCAUCCAACUGCAAUUCAAGAGAACAAUCGGAUGAUGAGACCGAGGAGUCAGUGAAGUUUAAGAGGUUGCACAAGCUGGUCAACUCCACUCGCAGAGUCAGAAAGAAACUCAUUCGAGUGGAAGAAAUGAAAAAACCCAGCACCGAAGGUGGGGAGGAGCACGUGUUUGAGAACCCCCCUGUGCUGGAUGAAAGGUCAGCCCUUUACUCUGGAGUGCACAAGAAGCCAUUUUUCUAUGAUGGCUCCUCCGAGAAACCUCCUGAAGACAGCUCGGACUCGCUCACCACGUCCCCGUCCUCCAGCAGCCUGGAUACUUGGGGAGCGGGCCGGAAGUUGGUCAAAACCUUCAGCAAAGGAGAGAGUCGGGGCCUGAUUAAGCCCCCCAAGAAGAUGGGGACGUUCUUCUCCUAUCCAGAAGAAGAGAAGGCCCAGAAAGUGUCCCGCUCCCUCACUGAGGGGGAGAUGAAGAAGGGCCUCGGGUCCCUGAGCCACGGGAGAACUUGCAGUUUUGGUGGAUUCGACUUGACGAACCGUUCUCUGCACAUUGGCAGCAAUAAUUCUGACCCAAUGGGUAAAGAAGGAGAUUUUGUAUACAAAGAAGUAAUCAAAUCACCCACUGCCUCCCGCAUCUCUCUUGGAAAAAAGGUGAAAUCAGUGAAAGAGACAAUGAGGAAGAGAAUGUCUAAAAAAUACAGCAGCUCUGUCUCUGAACAGGACUCAGGCCUCGAUGGAAUGCCGGGCUCCCCUCCAUCCUCACAGCCUGACUCUGAACACAUGGACAAACCCAAACUCAAAGCUGGAGGUUCCGUGGAAAGUCUUCGGAGUUCUCUGAGUGGACAGAGCUCUAUGAGUGGUCAGACAGUCAGUACCACCGAUUCCUCAGCCAGCAACAGGGAAAGUGUCAAGUCAGAAGAUGGGGACGAUGAAGAGCUGCCCUAUCGCGGCCCCUUCUGUGGGCGGGCCAGGGUGCACACCGACUUCACCCCCAGCCCCUACGACACGGACUCACUCAAGCUCAAGAAAGGAGAUAUCAUCGACAUCAUCAGCAAACCGCCCAUGGGUACCUGGAUGGGCCUGUUGAACAACAAAGUGGGCACCUUCAAGUUCAUCUACGUGGAUGUGCUUAACGAAGACGAGGAGAAGCCCAAGCGCCCCACUAGGAGGAGGAGGAAAGGAAGACCACCCCAGCCCAAGUCCGUGGAGGAUCUCCUUGACCGCAUCAACCUGAAAGAACACAUGCCCACUUUCUUGUUCAAUGGAUAUGAAGAUCUGGACACCUUUAAGCUCCUGGAGGAGGAGGACUUGGAUGAGUUAAAUAUCAGGGACCCAGAACACAGAGCUGUUCUGUUGACAGCGGUGGAGCUCUUACAGGAAUAUGACAGUAACAGUGACCAGUCUGGAUCCCAGGAGAAGCUGCUUGUGGACAGCCGGGGCCUGAGCGGAUGCUCUCCACGGGACUCGGGGUGCUACGAGAGCAGCGAGAACCUGGAGAACGGCAAGACCCGGAAAACCGGCCUGGUCCCUGCCAAGUCCUCCACGGAGCCCAGCUUGAAGUCUUUCCACAGGAGCCAGCUGGGCACCUACCCGACCCUGCCUCUGACCAAGUCCGCAGAGGCGCUGAAGCAGGGAGAGCAGGACAGCCGGCGGGACAGCGGCCGCACCCCUGACCCUUCCGAGCGCUGUGAGCCCCCAAGUGUGGCAGGUUUGAGUAAAAACUGAAGAAGCCUCCCGGUUUCCAUCUGUCGGAGCUGUGAGACCCUGGAGGGCCCCCAGGCGGUGGAGACUUGGCCCCGCUCCCAUUCCCUGGAUGACCUUCAGGGAGAGCCUGGUGCUGCCACAGAUGUGCCUGCCAAGGUGACAGACCCCGCCUCUCAGGUUGUACCGGAAGUGCCACAAAAGACCACCACCUCUAGCGCGAGGGCCCAGGCCGCCGAGCGUGGUGCCACUGUCGACCCUGCGCUGCUACUGACCCAAAGCAGGAGGUCCUCGGAACCACCGAGGGUGACUGCAAAGCCACCCGAUGUGCCCCGAGCCACCUCUGCACGCGGUGCAGCACCUCCUCCAUGUCUGCCCAAAAACUACCAUGCGCAGCCGCCGGGAGCUAAGCCGGGGUUCACAAGGACGCCCCCGGAGGGCCACGCGAAAGAACAGGAUUUGGAAGGCGCACGCCACCCGGUAGACACCAAAGAAGGGGCAGAUGCAGAGCGGAGAGCCCCCGAGGCCAGAACGCAGCCCAAAACGCCUUCGCAGCCUCCACCCGUGCCCGCUAAAAAGAGCAGGGAACGCCUGGCCAACGGGCUCCCCCCUGCACCUCCGGGCCCCCCCAGCCCCGACGCGCCUUGCCUGCCUGCAAAGAGGGGCAGCCCCGCCAGCCCCAGUGACUGCCCCUCCGCGCUGGCCUCCAGGCCUCCCUCGGGCCAGGAGCCGGGCAGCCCGCUGAGCGCACGGCCACCCCCCUGGCUCUCCGAGCUCCCCGAGAGCACCAGCCUGCAGGAGCAUGGCGUGAAGCUGGGCCCCGCCUUGACCAGGAAGGUCUCCUGCGCGCGGGGCGUGGACCUGGAAAUGCUCGUUGAGCACAAGCUACAGGCCGAGGACAUCGAUCUCACCGAAGAGCCGUAUUCUGAUAAGCAUGGCCGCUGUGGGAUUCCUGCCGCCCUGGUGCAGAGAUAUGCAGAAGACCUGGAUCAGCCCGAGAGGGACGUGGCCACCAACAUGGACCAGAUUCGUGUGAAGCUGCUUCGGAAGCAGCACCGCAUGGCGAUCCCAAGUGAUGGCCUCACAGAAAUCUGUAGGAAGCCCCUGUCCCCCGGAUGCGUCUCAUCCAUGUCCGAGUGGCUCGUCUCCAUUGGCCUGCCCAUGUACACCAGCACCCUCUCAGAAGCGGGCUUCAGCACACUGAGCCAAGUGCCUUCUCUGUCCCACACUUGCCUUCAGGAGGCCGGCAUCACAGAGGAGAGACACAUAAGAAAGCUCGUAUCCGCAGCCAGACUCUUCAAACUCCCGCCAGGCCCUGAGGCCAUGUAGCCAGGCCCUGCGUGAGCCUCCCUGGACAAGAGCCACCCCUCACUGUGCUUACGAUGCUGAUGCAAUUCUUCCGUCUCUGGACAUGCAGACCAGAUCCAGAAGACCGGCCCAGCAUGUGGCCAAAAAGAGUGUGAACCUUGGCCCAGGACUGAGGACCCUCUCCUCCAGAAAAGCCCCCUCAAGGAAAUUGGUGUGGUUCUCUUUGACCCCCAAAGAAAAGACAAGCACUUAUUUUUAUUAUCAGAACAUAGAAAAAACCAAGGUGUCAACUGACUGCAAACGCUGUGCCUCUGGUCUGUCUUUAUGGGCUGGCAGAGGAGUGGAGGGGAGGGCAGGGCAGCCUGUUCAGUUGUAAGAGUUCCCUUGCUCUCUGUCACCCUGCGGGACGCCCGCAGCCAGAGGACUUAGUUAGGCCAAAGUAGCAGGAUCGGGAGUUAUCAAACACAAUUGACCAUGCUCAUUUGUUCAAAAGUUAGAACAUCUGGCUGCACUAGAAGAAAACAGUUGUAUUCUCCUUUAGGUAAACAGACAUUUUAAUAAUUGCUUUUCUAGCAAUCAGCUUUUAUUUGCCUUAAUAUAAGCUUUUACGCAGUUAUCUAACUAGUGUCCACAACCCUGUAACCAUAGUUUAAAUCUUCAGCUUAGACUGCCAUCUAACACAUCUGGGAUGUUUUCAUCCAAAAUGGACUUUUCUGAUUGUCUCAUUCUAACAUGGCUUAUUUUGUAGGGGUGUUUAUCAGGCACACAUUUCAUGUUGGCUUUCAGUUUUUAAACAAACUACAAAUCCAGUAAAAAGCUAUUUGAAAUUACAGAGGGGUGUGUGUGUGUGUGUGUGUGUGUGCGCACGCGCAUGUGCCUACAUGCGUGCUUGUGUGCUUAUGUUGAUAGUAGUUGCCUCUCGUUUUAAUCGUGUUAACACAUUGGUUAUUGAGCUGCAGUAUUGACUUGGAAUCCUAACCAUGACCAUUCUGAAAUUCAGUCAUCAGUUAACAGGUUACCUUCACAAAACAUCAUCGUAUGGUUGACUAUUUCAGAAAGAUGUUUUUAAAAAGGGAAGUAGUGUAUAAGAUUUUUUACAAGUUUGUUCAGUUUUAUAAUUAAGGUAUUAUUAUCCUUCUUUUCUUAUUUAGAUCACUCUUUUCAUUCGAAGGUUCAUUAUGGAGCCAGACAAACCACAUUAGCCAUUUAUUAAGUAUUUCAUAUUUUCUAUUGUUUUCCAGCUGAUUCCAACAUAUUUUAUCCUCGUCUAGGCUAGUGUCUGAUUUUCUAGCAAACAGCAAAUGUAAACGAUUAAACCAUUACGGUUUCCAUUGCUUAUGCAAUGACUUUCUUUUGCAUUCUUAAUCAGGAGCCCCCUUUCAGACAUCAAGUGUGAUCCUUUAUAAUAGAAACACAUUGAACCCAGGCUGUGAUCAAAAGCUCUGUGAUAUUUCAUCUUCUUAGUAAACAAGUAUUUCCUUCAGAAAGGGGAAGGCGAUUUCAUUAAUUACAAAACCCUCAUUAACAUUUACUUUAUAUAUCCACAUCCAUGUCUUGAAGAAGAGGACAUUCUCAGGUGAUGUAUUUUUUUCACGCUUUGGAUUCGUUGUUUUUUUUUCUUUAAAUAUAAUGUAUGUUUUGAUAAUAUUCACCUUCUAUAAAAUGCCAUGUGAAGAUGUGGAAAUCAGAAUGAAAGGUUAUAGCUGCCAAAUUUCUACUGAAUUUUUAAAAAGAGCUCAUUUUUGUCCUCUUGGGUUGUGGCAUAGCCCAUGUGGAAUGUAACGAGCCUCAGGGUUCUCAUACAUCCACAUCAUUCCAGAAUAUUCCGUGUGCUGUCAUGGAGGAGAGAGCUGUAAAGCAGGUGUCUCUUCCUGCUUGCAAAAUAAAUACCUUGGCUUGACAUUCUGACAGAUGUGCUCAUCGUUUAAGCUGAGCAAAAAGACCACACAAAAGUCAUGUAACAAAGGAGAAGAAAUCGCAUGUGAAUUUCCAAGUUUUAGUUCAUUCUCCAUGUACAAUUUUUAUUUAAGUAAAAGUAGCACCAGAAAAGGGAACUUCAGGAUUGGAGUUUUUGAGAAUGCCAAACUGUAUUUUUAUCACUCUUUGGAAAUCAUUGCCUUUGCAUAAAAAAAAAUCUAAUUCAGGGACCACAAAUAAUUUUUAGCAAGUAUGUCUAACCUGAAGGGUCUGAGGUUGUUUCUACUUAACUGUGUUGUUUUUAAAACAAUUUUUGAAUAUAUAUUUCUAGUGAUUGGUCUUCUUUCGCUUUAAACUUUUCAUUUGGUCUGAGAAGAGCCUGCGUGUCUGUGUGUGACAUUGGACUGAGGUGGUCUGGGGCCACCUGCGGACGUUAGUAGACAGCUGACAGGCUUCAGCAAUAUCGUUUUAAUCUGGUGCAUUUGGUACAGAAUUCUGAGUAAGGGUGAACAUUGUUGUUUUUGGAAAGCACAAAAGAAACCUGGAAAGGCAGUUCGGCUCAGGUAGCUACACAUAACGUUGUGUAUACUUCUUCACUUCAAAGCUGUCUAGAAGGAAAUGCAGUCAGCUCCACCUACUAGUUGCAUUCCCAGAUAACCAAGAAGUAGUUAUCUUUUCAUGGCCUUAUCUUAGUCAGAGGCCCUCUUUCCUGCCCUGAACCCAGGUGUGGGUGAAAUGGGAAACGAUUAAUCUAUUGCAAAGCAGUUUCUGACAUAGCAAAGUCUGCUUUCCUAACUGCAGCAAAGAAGUCACUUCACCAAGUCACGGCUGCAUGUGUGUACUGUAUUCUUUUUCAGAAAAAAAAAAUAUAUAAUAGUCUGAGUCCAAGUUAUCUUGAUUUUAAAUUGAUAGAGAAAACAAACUGUCAAGCAAGUUAUAUAACAACUAACAACAUUGCACUUUCUGUAUAUGAAAUCAAUAUUUAAAUAACUUAUUUUUCUCCAUUGCUGUUCUUAAACAUUGUAAGUAGCUGUAAUAUACCAGUACCAAUAUGUUCUUGCAAUUGCUUCAACCCAAGAAAGCUGUGUAUUGUUUUAAAACUUGUAAAAAGUAUUGUGACGAUUCAUUUAGCAAAGAGAAAGGUGGACAGAGGGGUUUCCUAUGUAUCAAAAUUUGUCUAUAAUUAUGUCAUCUAUGUACCUAGAAAAAAAAAGUAAAUAAAUUUCUUCAGUUGAA